GUUUUCGCCACAUCCGGUCCGCCGACCAUUGUUGUUCUGUAUUCUUAUUUUUCUCUUAAAUGUGCAUUUUUACAAUUAUAUGCAGUAACUUUAAACGUUCCUAUUGGCUGGGAACCCCGGAGCUCCGCGCUGUAGUAAACUGACCGCAGCGAGGCGUAAAUGGCGCCAACAGGCCGCUAGCAGCAGCAGGCUAACCGAAGCUAACGGUGGCUAGCAGUUUCAUCUAAGUUUUGUUUUUGUUGUGAUUUCAUUAAAACAAACCAACGCUUCCUAAGAAUGACGUCAGCCUCUGCUAAGGUCGGGGAGAUCUUCUCUGCAGCCGGAGCAGCCUUCACCAAGCUGGGCGAGCUGACCAUGCAGCUGCACCCGGUGUCCGACUCCAGCCCCGCAGGAGCCAAGUGGACGGAGACGGAGAUCGAGAUGCUGCGCUUGGCCGUGCGUCGCUUUGGAGACGACCUCAACAGCAUCAGCACUGUGAUCAAAGAGCGCACCGUCGCUCAGAUCAAGAGCACGGUGAAGAGGAAGCUGUACGAGGACAGCAGAGUCCCCAUCUCCGCCGAGUCGCCCAAGAAGGCCGUCAAGAAGGCGCCGGUUUCCAUGGCGCCCUCCGCCGUUCCGGCCGGCGCCGCCAUGAUCGCCGUGCCGACAUCGCAGGUUGUCGUGGCGACAGGGAUGCAGAACAGCCCGUCGUUAGCGCCGCCCAUCAAGAAGCAGAAGACGGCUGACGUGACGCUCAGCGCUCUGAACGACUCGGACGUCAACAGUGACCUGGUGGACAUCGAGGGACUCGGAGACGGAACCUCCAACAAAAAGCUCAACUUUGACCAAGAGAGCCUGAAUCUGGACUCCAGCCUCAUCAUGAACUCCAGUGACCUCCCUCUGCUGUCCCGCUGACGGCCGGAGAAGCCCCGCCCCCUCCACGCUUUUAUUGUGAAACAGGAAGAGGCGGACCUCGCGCCUGGAGGACGCUGCAGGUGGAGGUCGGGUUCAUCUGCAGCGCCGCCUCCAGAACCAAACUUAUUUAAUCCAGUUUCUCAUUUAGAUCCAAUUAGAACCGAUGUGUGUCUGGGACUGAAAGCCAAGGAGAGGUUCUGAUGUUCUGAUGCGGUGGAAAAUAAAGCAGCUGUUGCAUCUGGAUCAAG